CUUGGGGACUUUUUUAUUUCAGACACUGCUGUAAGACAAAGGCGUCAUGGAUAAAUAUGAAAUCAUUAAAAAAAUUGGGGAAGGAUCUUUUGGGAAAAUAUUCUUGGCAAAAGGAAAAGUAGAUAACGAGCAGUAUGUUAUCAAAGAGAUCGACUUAACUAAGAUGCCUGUGAAAGAAAAAGAAGCCUCUCAGAAAGAAGUAAUUCUUCUGGCCAAGAUGAAGCAUGCAAAUAUUGUAACCUUCUAUGCUUCUUUGCAAGAAAAGAACAAGCUCUAUAUUGUGAUGGAAUACUGUGAUGGUGGAGAUUUAAUGAAGCGGAUAAAUAUGCAGCAUGGAGUGCUGUUUGACGAGGACCAGAUUCUGAGUUGGUUUGUGCAGAUCUCCUUGGGCUUGAAGCAUAUUCACGACAAGAAGAUUUUACACAGAGAUUUAAAAGCACAGAACAUUUUUCUUAGCAAUAAUGGAAAGGUAGCAAAGCUUGGGGACUUUGGUAUAGCAAGACAGUUGAACAGCACUACGGAGUUUGCCCAUACCUGUGUAGGGACUCCCUAUUAUCUGUCACCUGAGAUCUGUGAAAAUCGACCAUAUAACAAUAAAACAGAUAUUUGGUCUCUUGGCUGUGUACUUUAUGAGCUAUGUGCACUAAAGCAUCCUUUUGAAGGCAAUAGUUUGCACCAGCUGGUGCUGAAGAUCUGCAGAGGACAUUUUCACCCCGUGUCUCCCAACUAUUCAUAUGAUCUGAGGAUAUUAAUUUCCCAGUUGUUUAAUAUAUCUCCAAAAGAUCGACCAUCUGUCAACUCUAUUCUAAGGAAGCCCUUCUUGCAGAACCUUGUUCUCAGGUAUUUGCCCCCUGAGAUAGCACAGGAAGAACUCAGUGACACUGUGAUACAUAGAAAAAGGGCUUCAGCAUCACAGACUGGAGCCAAGCUGAUACAAGCACAUAAACUUCAAAAAAGGAGAGUCCAGGACCAAGUUCCUCCAGAAUCUGGAAUGGUGGUGCCUGUCAGACAGGAACUAUUUCAAAGGAAUGAAUGGAAACCUCCUUCAAGAGAGCAACAGCCUAUUUUUCAGCCACAGAGCUCCAGAUUUAAGAUGGCAGAAAGGCCAGAAAGUAUUAGAGUACAUGGCCAUUACGGUCAUUACUAUGAUAAGCUUGACAACUUGCAGAGGAAAGCUAAUGCACAUUAUGACCUUUCUCACGUCAGCCAGAGAGUUGAGGAAUACUAUAAACUAAAAGGACAAGUUGCACCUCCACCCCCACCACCUGACUGGCAUGCAGAAUAUCUUCAAAGGCAUUUUGAAGCCCAACAGUACAAGAUUAAAGUGGAAAAACAGCUGGGACUGCGACCAUCCUCUGCUGAUACAUAUCAUGACCAAAUACAGCAGCAGAAAAUAAAGGAUGAGCAUCUGAAAAACCACCAGCAGGACAUGUCUAGAAAGAAUGAAAUGAAAGAACAGGAGUACCUGAAACAAUUGCAGAAAAUUCGGGAAGAAUACCACAGCGAUAUGAAAGCAUUCAGAUUUAGAGCAGGAGUACUCCAGGAGAAUAAAAAAAUACAAGAAAAAACCUAUUUUGUGAGGCAAGGGAAAGCUGAGGACCAGUCUGAAACCAAGCAUACAGCUGGAACACGAGAAGAAUCACUUCAGGACAUGGAAGAAAACUUUAAACAAGUCACACUCCAGGACAGGCAAUACCAAAAAAUCUUAGGAAAGAAACAUAACACAAAGGGAGGAGUAAAGUUUGAAAUUAAUUUAGAUGUAUGUGUUCCUGAGGAAGACAGCAUUCAAGAAGCAGAGGUACUAGAUAAACUCAGUGAGACUUUAAGUUUCGUGGAUGGUGAGAAUCCUAAGCAGAAAUUGGUGGAAGUUUAUGAAGAUCAUACGGACAGAGCUUUGGAAGAACUAUCUGGAUACCAAACAGAGUCCAAUGACAUAGAUAAUAUGAAAGAAAAGAGAAAACAUUGGCAAGCUGGAGCCCCUCAGACGCUACUGAAUUUUGUAGCUGAUGCUGAUGUCACACCUGUAUGUCCUACUGUGGCUGAAAAUGAACUUGAAGGGAGAUUAACUAUGUUGCCUCCAAAAGAAAACAAUGCAGACGAUUCAGAAACAUACUCUGCUGUUGCUGUUACUGAAGGCAGACUUGAGCCAAGAUCAGAUGAUGAAGACACAAAUUUUGAAGAUUCUGAAGAUGAACUCAGACAUGAGCUGGAGGGAUGUCUGGAGAAAGUGGCAACUUCUCCAGCAGAGAGAACCAUGGAGUCUCCCAUCCUUUCAAUAAAUAAAGGACAAAGAGAGGAAGAAGAGAGGAGUUUAUCUCACAAACUACUUGGAAAAUCUGAUGACAAUUUAGAAAAUAACUGUGGGUCAUUUAGUGCUGACACACAUAAUGAAAAAGGCAAGCAGGAAGCAAGAGCUACCUAAAACACCAGCACAGUUACUGUUUCAAAGCUUUAACUUGCUUGAAAUUUCAGCCACAUCAGUAACAAAAUUUAAGGCUAGCUAACAUUAAAUGCCAAGUAAAUCAACUGCUUUUCAACAGUGCUAAACGCUCAAUUAAAACUAACAGAAGGUUAUUAUGAUUUUGUUUAAAAGGAAAAAAAUCAGGCUACUUUUCAGAUGUCUAAAUGUUGAAAAAUCCUCAUCCAGACUGAAAUGCACGUUUUAUUAUUCUAAACUAC